AAUCUGUCGUUUAUUCUCGAUUAUUCAUUCAUUUGCUUCACAUUGCGACGCAAUGCAGGAUAGGUAGCAUACGUUUCUGCUCGGUGAAAUUGUUUUGCACUUUCCUAGUACGAAGCAAAGUAUCCAAGCAUUCAAAGCGCAACAUGGCAGUAUACCACGACGAGGUCGAAAUCGAGGACUUCGAAUACGACGAGGAGGAAGAGAUGUACUACUAUCCGUGCCCAUGUGGGGAUCGGUUUCAGAUUAGCAAAGAGGAACUAAUCGCCGGCGAGGAGGUGGCUACCUGUCCGAGCUGUUCACUGAUAGUGAAAGUGAUCUACGAUCCGGAGGCGUUCCAAGCCGAACAGGACGAGACGGAAACGGUCACGGCGGAGCGGGACAAGGAAACGGUUUGUGAGUAAUCGAACUCGUUAUGCCUUUUUUUUUAAUGGAUAGAGUUAAGGACUACUGAUAACCGCCGUUACGCUUAAAAAUGUUUUGUAAAUAUAGGAGCC